ACUCGCCCUUUCAAAUAAUUCCCUUUGCAAAAUAGACCUUGAAAAACCAGCUGAUAUAUUUAUUAUUGAGAUUCCUCAUAAAGAAGCUAUAAUUAAUAAAGUUCAUUUGGAUCAUACCGGUAAACACCUAAUUGUUUCCUUGUGCUCUAGAGAUCAUUUUUAUGUGAAUGUAAACUUUUUUAGACCGAAGGUACUUUCGAAAUUUAAGGGCCAUAUUGUUGAGUCUGUAGCUUUUAAUAAUAAUAACAACUCUAGUUCUGGCACCCAAGAGAUAUUCAUUGCUACGUCGGAGGGUUUAUUGUAUGAAACUGAGCUUGAAUGCACCACUUCCUCAUUUUUGCCCGGCAGACCAGAAAAAUAUUUUAAGCAGGUCUAUCAGUUUGACCAGAAGGAGCCCAUAGUUGGUCUCUUUUAUAAACGUCUUUCCUCAGUCUCUGAGCGUCGUUGCAUCUUACUGGCCAUUACACAAACGCGAUUGUAUCAGUUUUCUGGAACGUUAACACAAGGCACUCCUCGUUCCUCUGCUAUGUUUUCGAAGUACAAAACAAGUCAAGCACUUGUUUUUCAAGAACUUCUUAGCGACUCUCCAACUUCGGCCUUAGCAGUCUAUAAUACUUUUGACAAUAUUUCCCCCUCUUUUGCUUGGAUGAAUGGCCUUGGGAUUUACUAUGGAACCCUGUCUAUUGACGAGCGCCAGAAAAGCGACUUUUUAUUGCGGAACACCAUCCUUUUUCUUUUUACCUCUGAGAACAAUUUUAACGCUGCGCCGCUCUCUUUUAUUCCCACCAAGCUUCACUUUCUCAUUCUCGGAGGCACUUAUUUGGCCGGCAUAUGCACUUUAAACCAGUCCGUAGUGUUUCGAAGGGGACUUUCUACCAUAAGCUCCUCCCGACUGAUCGGCCUUUGCGCUGAUCACGAGAGAGGGACUUAUUGGUGCUAUUCUGCCGACAGCGUCUAUGAGAUUUGUGCAAGCAAUGAGGAGGAUUCUCUGUGGCACUACUAUUUAGCUAAGGGAGAAUACGAGUCUGCGUUGGGUCUCUGUUUAGAAAACUCGGCUCGUACACAGCUCGUGCGUUCAGCCCAGGCCAGACAUUAUUUUGAUGCUGGUCAGUACCAGCUUGCUGCUGAGUGCUAUUCUCAUACAUCCACACCACUUGAAGAUGUAGCUCUCAUGUUUCUUGAGAAAAAUGCGCUGGUCGCGCUAAAGGAGUACUUAAGUAAAAUCCUCAACUCGUUGAAACCUAACCUAGGCGUGUGCCCCAUCUCAUGCUUUGGCGCUGUUAUCGUGUAUAUGUAGGAAAAAUCACAGAUGACGAUGCUGCAGAUUUGGCUGUUGGAACUGUAUCUUGGCGAGCUUAACCAUGUUUUUAU